UGUUGUGGUACGAUUGAAACUUCACCUGUCGAUUUGUCACAGCUGCAACAAACAAAAAAAAUGUGAUCUUUGUACUCAGAACCUCAAAUCAGCCUUGGCCACGUGUAAAAAUACUCACUGUAGCCUUUAUAAUUAGAAUAAACACGUUGGCGCUAUUUCGACAUCUCUCAAUUUAGUAUUUUCAUUUGAUUCCUGAGGUAUUGGAACUGUCUAUUACAGAGGAAGGUCGGACUAAAACAUUUUCUUACAGAAACGAGCGAUGGAUAUGAGAUUUGUGUUAAUUGGUGUUUUACUGUACGUGGUACAGACCGUGCUGUGUGUUAAGGAGGAAGCAGCACAUGGAGCCCAUGGCAAAGAUCACAACCCGAUCCAUAAAGAGCACUACCAUGAUGGAGAGCAUGACCCUCACUAUGAUCACGAAGCCAUUCUGGGUGACAGACAGCUGGAAAAGGAAUUUGACGAGUUGGAGCCUGAGGAAGCCAAGCGAAGACUUGGAUUACUGGCUAAGGAAAUGGAUAAAAAUAAAGAUGGAUAUGUGUCCAAGGAAGAACUUGUUGACUGGAUUAUGAACUCCUUCCGUAAAUUGGACAUGGAAGAUUCGUUAGAACAGUUUGAGGAAUGCGACGAAAACAGUGACAACAAAGUCACCUGGAGAGAGUACCUCACACGACACCAUGGCUUCAACAUCAAUGAUUACAAAGACGAAUAUGCCACUGAAAAGGAAGCCGUGGAGGAAUUCACAAAGGUUCUUGAUGACGAUAAAAAGAAAUUUGAUGCUGCUGAUGUAGAUAAAGAUGGAGCCCUGACUAAAAAGGAACAUGUGGCUUUCCUGUAUCCUGCAGACUUUCCUCACAUGCAUGAUAUAGAACUGGAGAGAACACUUCAGGAACACGACAAAAAUGGGGAUGGUACCAUUACAAAAGAGGAAUUCCUUGCAGACACUGAUAAAAAUGACAAGGAGCUUUUAUUACUGGAAGAGGAAAGGUUUGGUGAUUUUGAUAAAAACAAAGAUGGAGUCCUUGAUAAAAAAGAGAUCACAGAUUGGGUGCUUCCUGACAAUAACGAGGCAGCAGUCGAAGAGGCAGAGCACUUAAUCGAGCGGUCGGACAAGGAUAAGGACGGCAAACUGUCCAUAGAGGAAAUCGUCAACAAUCACGAGGACUUUGUCGGAAGUCAGGCAACCAAUUAUGGAGAAUUUCUUCCCAAGGAUGAACUUUAAUGAUAAAAUUCGGCUAAGAUUAUUUUUAUUGAUUAUUUUUUACAUGCUUGUUAGUAUUUUUCUAGGUGAACAGUUUUUAUGAUACAAAGAUCAUUUAUAAUAUUUACACAUGGAUGUAGUUUUACACAGUUCUCUAAGUUAUUUUUAUUAGAUCAUGUUUUUUUUUUUUUUUUUUUUCAUACAAACAUUACUCUGCCUAGUCAUAUUGUUUCACAGAAAUAAAUAAAGCAAAUAAUUAGGUUUAGGAUUUUUUUUUAUUUUCAUAAAAUCAUUCCAUGUUAUGUGAAGUAUAUUUUUACAGAUGUGUGAUUGUGACAUUAAAUAUUAUUUGUAAGCUCAUACAAGGUGGAUAUGUACUGUAUGUUUUAUGUACAAAUAAAAUUCUGUUUUAAACCUUAUACAUGCAGUCUUGACCAGUAACUAUAUUUUGUGUUCAUACAUAUACAAUCUUGACCAAUAAAUAUUUUCUCUGUUCUUUUGCACUUUACUUACUUCAUACUUUGUUAAAGCAAUUUUUAUUUAAAAAUGAGAUAAAUGUAGAACAAAAUUUUAUCCUUCAGCUGUAAGCAUAUUACAUGCAUCUUAAAUGUCUACAGUUAUUAAAACCCUUAAUUUUUCCCAACAGAAUACAGAUAAUAUAAUAUGCUUUGCUUUGAAUGUGUUAUGACAAUGUGUUCAGCAAUACAGUGUAAAUUAUGUUCUUGAAAGCUUCCAUGAACAAUAUGUAUUUAAAAAUUCAAUUUAAAUUAAAUGUAUUACUCUAAGUAUCA